UUCUUGUCAGUUGUUUGGUAUAAAUACCAAACGCAUUCUGCAAUCUGAUAUCAUUCUACUAGCAGUCUUUUGGGCGAUACCAACCAACCUAAUUCACAAUGGCUUUCAAAUUCUUGGCUCUCCUCGCCUUAGUGGCUGCUGCCAGCGCCGUGGUUUUGCCAGUUGCCGUCAAGCACGUGGAAUACGCAGAUGGUCCCGCUGAAUACCAGUUCUCAUACUCAGUGCACGAUGACACGACCGGAGACAUCAAGAGCCAACAGGAAGAACGUCACGGAGACAAUGUCGUUGGACAGUACACUCUGGUUGACGCCGAUGGUUACCGUCGUGUUGUGGAUUACACUGCUGACGAACACAAUGGAUUCAACGCUGUUGUCCGCCGCGAGCCAUUGACCCAGAAGGUUGUCAAGACUGUGGUCCCAGUUGCCAAGUUUGUUGCUCCAGUUGCCCACCAUUACGUGGCACCAGUUCCUCACAUUAGCUACCCAACGUACUAUCAUCAUUAAGCGAUAUCCAAAUGAUUUCACCAUGCAAUGUUAAUUACUGGUAUGCUGUUUGUAGUUCCAAUUGUUGACACAUAGAAUAAGAUUAAUUUAUUGAAAUUGAAGUCUUGAUAAACAAGAAAAAAAA